CAUCUGGAACAGCAAGCGGGACAGCUCGACAUUCUGCUCGAACUUGGACUUUUGGUGAAGCAGCAGUAGCGCGGCUACGUCUACUGCUUGAGUUGACAAAAUGUCAACUCCAGCUGAAUGUCAAUGGCAUUGUGAUGCUUACUCGCAUCCUUUUGUUGUUCCGAAUGAGCAAGACACACGCAUAAACUCACAGAACAAGCAGCUCGGUGGCAGUACGACACAUCAUUCAGUUGCAGACAAGCAACAACAACAAUACAAACAAGUUGACAAACAACACUAUGAGAUGACUAUACAGACUCUGUCUGAACAAUUACAGCAACUUGAGAUUACGUUGAGAAGUGAGAGAGACAUGAAACAAGUUGCACAGGAAAGGAUGGAAGCUCAGACUGAUAUGGCCGUCCAUUACCACAAGAGAGUCACGGAGCUGGAAAAACAACUACGCAGCAACUACACAACAGCAAGCCUUCCUUUUACUCCUACUACCCACCCACAGCUCAUUAAAUCACCAGAAUCAGAGAUUUCAUGCCUACAACAAACCAUCAAGGAACUAGAAGCCAAAGUCGGGACAACAACAACGACACAAUCGGUUCACGUUGAUUCAGACUGGUUGACACAGUUGAAAGAAGACAAUGCCGGUCUGGUGACGAAGAUUGGCAUGUUGCAGGAUCGACUUGACAUGGUUAUGGCGGAUCGCAACCAACAGUUUUGUGAAAACCAACAACUCAAACAGCAGUUUACGUUUUUGUCGGAUGCUAAUCGUCAUCUGCAAGACAAGUUGAAUCAUACUUUGAAAGAGCAUCACCUCGUAGAGGCAGAACUACGACGACAACUUGAGGAAUCGACGACAGAGGAACAAGAUAAUGAUGCACAGUUUGAUGACGGUCUUCAGCAGUAUCGUUGCCAUUUGCAGUCAGAGAAGACUGAAGUGAUUGAUCGAUGUGUUGCUGCAGAUCAAGUGCAGACAGAUGCAAACCAACGAUAUUUGGCUGAGAUAACCGGCCUAAAGCAGGAGAUUAAAGCACUUCAAGCCAACAGCGCUGAACUACAGGAAUACAGCCAGCAACGAGAGCAAUCAAUUCAAGACGCCUUUGAUAAAAUGGAAAGUGAACGAGACAAAGCUCAGAGGGACAUGCAUCAAGCAGACAACAGACACAAGGAAAUCCUAAGCCAACACACAACAACUCUGAAGGAAAAAGAAGAAUUAGCUCAACUACAUCAAUCUGCAACAGAGAAUCUCAACCAAGUAACAGCUCGAUUGAUAUCAGCAGGUGAUAUGGCCGAAGACAACGAAAGAGAGGUAGAACGACUAACGAAGUCACUACAAGACAGGGUGGACAACAGUCAACGUCUAGAGAAACAGUGGAAGAUGAAGCUUGAGGCUGAACGUGAGACGAGACUAGAUGCAGUCAAAACUGCAGAACGUUUACAAUGCGAGCUGGAAAGUGCACAACUUAUGAACCGAGAGGCAGCACAACUACGGAAAGAGAAUCAGCAGCUCAAAGACAAAGUCAGAAGAUUGACGGAUGAGCAAUGGCAGAUGCCAGAUUACAACCGAGAGGCAGCACGACUACAGAAAGAUAAUCAGAUGCCAGAUUACAGAAGUGUGCUUGCUGAUGCUGAACCACGAACAUGGCACACAGCAUUCUCUGGUUACAACGAAUUUCAUCAGCCAAUGGCAUCCAACAUGCCGAGUGAACACCGUAAGGAACCAUCGACUUGCCCAGUGUGCAACUUAGAACUCCCAGACGCCGACACGCUUCAAAUCCAUGUCAACGAUUGUAUAUCAACGAUACAUGAUCGUCGUUUCAGUUGCCCACUGUGUGGCUCCGAAUUCUCAGAUAUUGAAACGUUAGAAAUACAUGCAAACGAAUGCAUCGACUAGCGUCUACACAUACAUCAGUAUGUACAUACAGUAGGACAGUGUAGCAAAUCGUAGUUACAAAAUCCCUUAUAAACUUGCCUGUAAUCGUGUAACAAUGACAAUGGUGUACACAGUUGCAUUGUAACACGUUUGCAUUAAUUAAAGUGUGAGAUCAAUGUAUGAAUUGAAAUUCAUCCAAACAAAUGAUGAAAUAAAUAUCUAUUGGCAAAAGUGCGGCAACCCCUUAUGGAUUCGAGGAUACGAAUCAGU